GUGGACUGCUCCACUGCUGACCGCCUCCUUUACUGCACUUGGACAACAUCCACAUACCUCACCGUGGUAUUUGUUUCUCCAUGUUCUGCACAUGACCGCCGCAUCAUCUCUGCCUCGACCGGCAUUCACUCCUUUACACAGCACCCACGUAAUCUUGGAAACAAAACAGUAAUUGGUCCUGCACCAUGGCGUCAGGCGGCGGCAACAUCAAGGUGGUGGUGAGGUGUAGGCCUUUCAACGGCCGAGAGAAGCAACGCAAUGCACAAUGCAUUGUCGAGAUGAAGGGCGACCAGACCAUUAUCAGACCACCGACGAACGUUUCUGUCCAGGGAAAAGCCGCGAAAGCUGCCGCCGAAGGCACCAAGACGUUUGCGUUCGAUCGUUCAUACUGGUCCUUCGACCGCGAUGCGCCCAACUAUGCCGGACAAGACAACCUGCACCAAGAUCUGGGGAAGCCGUUGCUGGACAAUGCCUUCCAGGGGUACAACAACUGUAUCUUUGCAUACGGCCAGACGGGUUCAGGAAAAUCAUAUUCAAUGAUGGGUUAUGGGCAAGAGUACGGCAUUAUCCCUAAGAUCUGUCAAGACAUGUUCGAGAGGAUUGGGGAGAUGCAAAAGGACAAGAGCCUGAGCUGUACCGUGGAGGUGUCAUACUUGGAAAUCUACAACGAACGUGUUCGCGAUCUUCUGAACCCUUCGAACAAGGGCAACCUAAGGGUCCGAGAGCACCCUUCGACCGGUCCAUACGUUGAAGACUUGGCGAAGCUGGUGGUCCAAUCAUUCCCCGAUAUCGAGAAUCUGAUGGACGAAGGAAACAAGGCCCGUACCGUUGCUGCGACGAACAUGAACGAGACGUCCUCCCGAUCGCACGCCGUCUUCACCGUAACCCUCACACAAAAGCGUCACGAUGCACAGGCCGGAUUGAGCGGAGAAAGGGUCGCAAAGAUCAGUUUAGUGGAUCUGGCAGGUUCAGAAAGAGCGCAGUCUACUGGUGCGACAGGAGCUCGACUGAAGGAAGGUGCAGAGAUCAAUAGGUCUCUUUCGACCCUGGGACGUGUCAUUGCAGCGCUAGCAGAUCAGUCGACAGGGAAGAAGAAGACGCAAGUGCCAUACCGAGAUUCAGUUCUAACAUGGCUGUUGAAAGAUUCACUAGGAGGAAACAGUAUGACUGCCAUGGUCGCAGCUAUCUCGCCAGCCGAUAUCAACUUCGACGAGACCCUGUCAACUCUCCGAUACGCCGAUUCCGCGAAACGCAUCAAGAACCACGCUGUUGUCAACGAAGAUCCGAAUGCGCGCAUGAUUCGAGAACUGAACGAAGAGCUGGCAAAACUUCGUUCGCAACUCAGCGGAGGCGGAGGAGGCGGCGGAGGAGGCGGCGGCGGUGGUAUGGCCGCAGAACAGUAUGCGCCGGGCACACCCCUGGAGCAGCAGAUCGUCACAAUCACUGAAGCAGACGGGACUGAGAAGAAGGUCUCAAAGGCUGAGAUUGUGGAGAAGCUGAACCAGUCAGAAAAGCUGUACAAAGACCUCAAUCAGACAUGGGAGGAGAAGCUUCAAAAGACGGAGGAGAUCCACAAGGAGCGGGAGGCUGCUCUGGAAGAGCUUGGUAUCAGCAUCGAAAAGGGAUUCGUUGGUCUCUCCACACCGAAGAACAUGCCCCAUUUGGUCAAUCUGAGUGACGAUGCGCUUAUGAAUGAGUGUCUCAUCUACAAUCUCAAGCCUGGAACAACAGCCGUAGGCAACUCCGACACCAAAGACCAGACUGCGACAAUUCGCUUGAACGGCUCGCAAAUACUCGCGCACCAUUGCGACCUUGAAAAUGUGGACGGUACGGUCACCGUGGUACCACAGGAAGGGGCGAGCAUCAUGGUCAAUGGUCUCCGAAUCGACAAACCAAUACAGCUUAGAAGUGGCCACCGCAUCAUCCUUGGCGACUUUCAUAUCUUCCGGUUCACGAACCCAGGAGAAGUAAGAGCAGAGCGUGCCGAAAUAGGAAAGAGCUUACUGCGACAUUCGGUGCAUGCCAGCCAACUGACCUCUCCCUCGCCAGCACCAAGGCCUGGACACGACAGAACACACAGCACGAUUAGUCUCGCCAAUUCCGAGUUCGACCCCGACAGCCCAAGGGCAUCUUCGCCCGCUUUCUGGCAGCGUGGAAAGGAGUCUGAGUUCACAUUUGCGCGCAGGGAAGCACUUGCUGCAUGGCUAGGGCCGGACAAACGCAUCGAGAACCUGCCAGACGACGAAUUUGAUGCUAUCAUUGAUGACCUGCAAAGACAACGUGACAAUCGCAAGGCUGGCAACGCGAAUCGCCUGUUUGAGCAGGAAGAAGACAUGGAAUCGACAUCGUCUUAUCCUAUCCGGGAAAAAUAUGCAUCCAAUGGAACCAUCGACAACUUCUCACUCGACACGAUGCUGACCUCGCCCUCCACACCACAAUAUGAGGACAGUGAGAAGAUGCGAGAGUUGAAGAGCGACAUGCAGGAUAAGCUAGACAAGCAGAAGGAAGACUUCCAAGCCAAGUUGAAGGCCGACGAAGAAGCCAAAGUAGAGCUGGAGGAGCUGCGUGCUGCAAAGGAAGAGAUGGAGGCGAAGUUGAAAGAGCAGAAGGAGACUUUUGAACGCCAGCUGAGAAAGCUUGGUCAUGAGCCUGAGCCCGAUGAUGAAGCCAUACCUGCGAAGGAGGGCCUGAACGAGCAGCAACUCGCUCGCGCAAGAACGGCAUUUCAGCAUUGGCGAAAACGGAAGUACGUCACCAUGGCUGAGACAAUCCUGCAAAACGCUGCAACUUUGAAGGAAGCGCAAGUCAUGAGUCAACAAAUGGACAAGAAUGUGGUCUUCCAGUUCUGCAUCGUUGAUGUCGGUCAGACUGUACCCUCGACCUACGAUCUGAUCAAUCUUGCCGAUACCGGAGAGGAGGACGAUGAUGAUCUGGACGAUACACCGAAGCCAUGUGUUGGUGUACGCGUGAUCGACUUCAAGCACGAGGUGAUACAUUUGUGGUCACUACAAAAGCUACGUCAACGCGUGCGGCGGAUGCAUCAAAUGCAUCAGUACAUGAACCGACCUGAGUACAUGCAGCACUUCAACCCAGAGAGCCCGUUCUCGGACCCUUGUAUGCCCGAGUUCUCUCGCAUUGGCGAUGUUGACGUGCCGCUUGCUGCUGUCUUCGAGUCAAGAGUGCGAGAUAUGAAGCUCGACGUCAUUUCACCAUACACCGCCAACCCGAUCGGUAUCAUUCAUCUGUCAGUAGAACCUUCUUCUGCAGAAGCACCGACCACGACGCUCAACUUUAGUGUUACGCUGCAUGAGCUUGUGGGCUUUCCUGAAAGGGAAGGGACCGACGUUCAUGCUUUGCUGUAUCUGCCUAGUCUUUCCAAAGAAGGAGGCGCGACGAGCACAAUGUUCAUGAACAAGUUCGACGAGGGGCCCAUCCGUUUCCAGACUUUCCACAGUAUGAGCAUACCGUACCCAAGUCCGCCAGACACAUUCCUGCGCGUCGCUAUCUUUGCACGAGUAACCUCCAUGCAUCUCGACAAGCUUCUGAGCUGGGAUGACAUGCGAGAUCAGGCUCCUCAGCGCAAGCAGAAGCGCCGCACUGCGCGUAUUGCGGAGUCCGAGUUCUACACUGAAGACACUCACGACAUCUUUUCUCGCAUUCAGAUUCAGGAGAUCUCAGAUGAUGGAACCUACCAACCCGUCGAAGUCACACAAAGCAGCGUCUUAGAUGCCGGAGUAUACCAGCUGCAUCAGGGUUUGGCAAGACGCAUCGUGGUGAACCUUACACAUACUUGCGGCGACACACUGCAGUGGCAAAACGUAACGUCAAUGCGCAUGGGUCGCAUCCGUCUGAUUGAUGCAUCCGGUAAUGCUCCUGGAAUCGACUCUCCUGUCAGGGAGGUUCCCAUCGACCUGACUGCGCCGCCUACUGUCAAAGACAACGCCGAUGGCACUACGAACGUGAAGUUCAUCGGUCGAUGGGACAGUACAGCCCAUGGAUCCCUACUUCUGGACCGCGCCACCCAGGACAAAUAUCGCGUACAGGCGAACCUGCUCUUUAACGUCACAUCCGCGAAGCUCGAUGAACCAAUGGUAUUCUCGCUUGAUCUCGCAAUGCAGAUCCGCAACCGUGCCUACAUCCGCCAAACCUCCCUCUUCUCCCUCUCGAAUCUCUGGAACCAAGUCAAGGUCGUCCAUUCCACAGUCGGCAUCUUCAACGUCGCCAUCCGUCCCACAUCCGUAAAACGUGCCACUGACCUCUGGCGCAUGAACACGCGCGAGGACUACAUCAAGGGCGAGGAAGACCUCGCCGAUUGGACACCGCGCGGCGUCUCCCUCGUAAAAGAUUACAUCGGCGUCGAGCGCCGCCGCCGCCGUAUCGCAGAAAUCGAGCUCGCGCGCACCAUCCUCUCGCCUAAACUGCUCAGCAUCCCCAAACGCGACGACCCAAUAACUAACGCGGAGCUCGACGACCGCCAAAAAGCCCUCCUCUCCAGAACACUGACUCUGUGGACGAGUCACAAAGCCCCCGAAUCCAUAAUCCUGUCUCCAACAAACCUCGAGCCGCCCACCGCGGGUGCCGCAUUCGCCCCGCGCUCGCCCUCGCGCGGAAACAGCCCCGCGCCAAAAACCAGUCUCACGGCCACCGUGCGGUUUAUAUCCAAGAACCCAAAUCUCCUCAAAGCUUCAUUUUUGCUGACGCCUGACCCAACGAACACCCGCUGGAUCCGGCGUUACGUCGAGCUCCGCCGCCCAUAUCUGCAUAUUUAUAGCGUGGAUGGGGAUGAGCUGAAUGCUAUCAACCUUACCAACGCGCGGGUUAAUCAUUCGCCGGAGAUUGCGAGGCUGUUGAAUGGGAGUGGUGGGCAUAGUAGACAAGGAAGUAAUGGGGGGAAUGGGGUGACGGCGCAGCAGAAAGAUACAAUACUCGCGGUGUUUGCAAAGAGUAAUACCUAUAUCUUUCGGGCGAAGAGUGAGAGGGAGAAGAUUGAGUGGAUUUUGAAGAUUGAUCAGGGGUAUUUUUCGAGUGAGGGGGAGGACUCUGGGUAACAACGCUGUAGUGUGAGUGAGGGGGGAGAAGUGGAACGGUGGAGGUUGCUCGGUCAUUAAGGAGCAUGGAGAUGCAACUCUUUUCUUGGUAUAGUCGCACUUGUUGCGUGAGGCGUUUAGCGUCGGUUGACUUGCUGGCAUUUACAUACAUUGCUUGGGAUACCCAGAGCGUUGACAUAGCUCGCGAG